ACUUCAUCAAAACUAUAUGGUUUUGGAUUCUUCUUUCGUCUGGAGGCAUGCGACAAAAACAUGAAUUUAUAAAUUUAUGGUAAAAACGGAAUAAGUCAUUAAUGUGUAAAUAUCAGUCUGUGAGUGAAGUAGGCUAUUCCUUUCAGAUGACGAAAAAUUAAUCAUCAAUUGCUGUACACAAUUGUGAAAUCAAUCGUUGCUUAAGGAGGGAGUGGCAAAUUCUGUUCUCUACACCACCAUCUCCGAAACACCUAUCAAUCUGACACAACAGGUACAGAGGUAACGGAAACUAACGAGGCAUUCAUACAUCUCUCAGACAUAUCCUGAUGGAGCCAGCAGGUCAUUCAGAGAAGAGUCUGAUGAAAGAUGACAACAAUCCAAAUCAUGUUCCAGCAAAGUGUGACAAGAGAGGGCAGUGGGCCAACAAGAGGGAGUUCAUAUUGUCAGUGAUGGGACAAAUCAUUGGUCUGGGCAAUGUUUGGAGAUUUCCAUAUCUUUGCUUCAAAAAUGGAGGAGGAGCUUUCUUGGUUCCUUAUGGUUUGUUCCUGCUCACCUGUGGGAUCCCCCUCUUCUUUCUGGAGGUCUCUCUGGGACAGUUAACUGGUCAGGGUGGAAUCACCUGUUGGAGGAAAAUAUGUCCUUUAUUUGAAGGUUUAGGCUAUGGCAGUCAAUUAAUAUUGUUUUACGGUGAGGUGUAUUAUAUCAUCAUUCUUGCUUGGGCCCUCCUUUACUUCUUCUCCUCCUUCCACACUGUACUCCCCUGGGCCAGCUGUAAUAACACCUGGAACACAGAGAACUGCAUUGAUUGCAGUCAGAAUGAUUCAGUUCAUGGCCAGAUCAAUGAAAAUGCAACAUCUUCAGUUGAAGAAUUCUGGCGGAGGAGAGUUCUGGGUUUGUCUGGAGGGAUUGAGGAGAUGGGUAGUAUCCGCUGGGACCUGGCUGGAUACCUUCUGCUGAGCUGGAUCAUCUGUUACUUCUGUGUCUGGAAAGGAGUCAAGACAUCAGGAAAGGUCGUCUACAUCACAGCCAUUUUUCCCUACAUGAUGUUGAUUGUGUUACUGAUCCGCGGUCUGACACUGCCAGGAGCUGUAGAUGGAAUUCGAUUUUACCUUUUUCCUGAUCCGACCCGUCUGACUGAUUCUCAGGUGUGGAUGGAUGCUGGGAACCAAAUACUUUACUCCUAUGCUGUCUGCCUUGGCUGUUUGCCAGCUUUGGGAAGCUACAACAAAUACCACAACAACUGCUACAAAGACACUUUUUUCCUGUGCACACUGAACAGUCUAACCAGCUUUGUUGCUGGCUUUGCAGUCUUCUCUGUCCUCGGCUUCAUGUCCUUUGAGUUGGGUGUUGACAUCUCAACUGUGGCUGAAUCAGGUCCUGGCCUGGCAUUUAUUGCCUACCCUCGGGCCGUAGCCAUGAUGCCUUUACCCCAACUCUGGGCUGUCUUCUUCUUCAUGAUGAUAAUCUUUCUUGGAGUGGACAGUGAGUUUGUGUGUUUGGAAGGCUUGGUGACAGCCAUAUCAGACAUGUAUCCAUCCUUCUUUUUAACUGGUCAUCGACGUAAACUGCUUCUGCUGGUCAUCUGUGGUGUAUCUUUGAUUAUAGGCCUGUUUAUGGUGACUGAGGGAGGACUUUAUGUAUUUCUGCUGUUUGACUACUAUGCUUGCAGUGGAAUACCAAUCAUGCUUUUUGCCAUUCUGGAGUGCAUCUGUGUGGGAUGGAUAUUUGGUGCUGAUCGUUAUUACAACAAAAUAAAGGAUAUGAUUGGCUACUACCCCUCAUUGUAUAUGAAAUAUUGUUGGAGGUUCUUCACACCAUCUAUCUGUGUUGGAAUUUUGUUUUACUCGCUGAUCAAGUUCACUCAACUGAAAUACAACAACACCUAUCAGUACCCCUGGUGGGGCUAUGCCAUUGGGAUACUUCUUGCUUUCUCUUCAGCUCUGCUUGCUCCUCUGUGGUUUCUCUACAGUAUGGCAGUAACCCCAGGAACACUGAGACAGAGACUGAAAACUUUAUGCACUCCAGCAGCUGACCUGUGUAACGCUCCACUAAAGAAGACUCUCUACCCUGAAACACCUCUGUCUGAUACAGAGCUGCAUGAUUUAACUGAAAAACCUUAAGAUGUCAGUUCUGAAGAUGAGUCACCUGUAAUCAGACACAUCAGUGACCAAAGGCCUUACAUUUAAUUGUACAUAGUCAUUUGGUGAUUGGUGUUGGGGAGUGGGUAUGUUUGAGCCCAUUUAGUAUUUUUAUUGAGUUUCAUUUCUGCAUCGUCACACCCUGCUGGCUAGGCUACUAAAUAGAUAACCACGGGAUACUGAACCUCUAUUAAAAAGAGGUGAGGCCUACAGCCAGGGGAACAGUUUUUUGACCACAAGUGAUUUGAACGCAUCUAUACUGAUUCUUACACACAUUUACUGUGAAAGUCAUUGCUGUUGUUUAGUGAUAGUAAUAAGGGUAACAGUGCCUUGCCUAUGUUUUUGUUGCUAUAAAUGCCAUGAGGAAUUGGUUUAUUUGUUUUAAUUGGAACAUGCACCUGAACUCUGUCUCCACCAGUGAUGUCAUGAGAACCGAUACUUGCGUACCUUUCGAUACCAUGAUGAAAAACCCCCAGUGAUAUUCAUUUUUUUGAAAAAAAAAACAAAAAACGGAAGAAUACCAGGAGAAGAAUCAUUGCUAUGAC